AUGAAUGAAUCUUUAAAUAAUAGUAGUAGUAGUAAUAGUAGUAGUGGUAAUAACUCACCUUCUUUAGAAAAUGUUGGCAAUAACAACAACAAUAGGUCAUCCUUUUACUAUUGUAAAAAUAUUUCUAAACCAUGUACCAUAACACAUUGUACAACAGCAAGACUUAGAAAUACUACAUCAUCCUCUUCUCUUACUUAUAAUAAUGAUAGUAAUAAUAAUAAAGAUAUUAUAUUACUAAAAGGAUCAUACUUGGAGAUCUACCAAUUCAAUAUACACUCUACCAAUCUUAAACUACAAGAUGAAACUUAUUUAUUCUCAAUACCUAAAUCCAUUGCUGUUCUAUCUUCAUCUUCUUAUUUACAACAACAACAACAACAACAACAGCAGCAGCAGCAACAAACAUCAAUAACAACUACAAGUAGUAGUACAUCAUCAUCUUCUUCAACAACACCAACAAAGAGUAUAAUUAAACCAAUUAAAUUACUAUCACCAAUUAAGAAACCACAACCAUUAUCUGUAAAUUCACAACUAAAUCAACAGAGAUUCGAGUUGGAACCGAAUAUCUAUAUCGAUGCAAGCUUUAGAAAUAGAGAUAUGUUACUGAUGACCUCUGACUCUGGUUAUCUAUCUGUGCUCUCUUGGUCAGAGAAAUAUCAACAACUAGUUGCCGUCCAACAGCUAUUCCUUGCACCACCCAAUUCACCAUCACCUUUACACUCAUCAUCAUCGUCUUCGCAACAGAAUCAAUUCAAUGCUAAAGAUCUAGGCAAACAAAUCAUUGUUUCUUCAUGUAAUAGAAUCAUAGCAAUCUCUGCAUAUAAGAACAACAUAUCGAUACUACCUGUACAGAAUGAUCUUUCCAACAAAUAUGAAAUAUUCUCAAAGCGAAUAGAUAUCAAAUUGAAUGGAUUCAUAAGUACAUUGGGAUUCUUAGAUUCUGAUAGUAAUUCAAACUUUAUAUAUUUACAAGUUACUAUUGAUACUAUAUACGACUAUAAGAAUUCCAAUGCUACUUCUAUCGCUACUUUGAUAUCGAGUGAAAUACGUCCAUAUAAAUUUAUAUCUAUUCCACAAUCCACUACACAAUUCUAUUUAAUUAAUAGAGAUGAAAGAAUAAUAAAGAUGGAAUUGGAUAUUCUCAACUCUACAUUAAAACAGAUAUCAAACACAUCACUCUUCAAUCGAAAUAACAAUAACAAUCAAUCGAUAUCUACAAUGGGUGUUGAUUCUGAAUUAAUAACAUCAUUUAUAUGGUUAAAUAAUAAUAAUAAUAAUAAUAAUGAAAAUAUGAUAGAUAUUGAUAAUGAACCAUAUUUACUAUUAUCAAGUGAUAAUGGUACAUUGUUUAGAGUGGAUCUAAACAAUGAGAUUACAUUGCUAAAGGAGGUGAAUCCAAUUCAACAUUUAUUAAAUCUUGGAAACGAUCAUAUAAUGACAACCGGUGAUAUUUGUGAUGGUGGUAUAUUUAAAAUGGAAAAAGAUGGUACAUUAAGUAGUACUGAUAGUACAAUACUAAACUAUUCACCGAUUGUCGAUCUUUGUAUAAAACCAUCGAGUGUACUUCAAGAUUCGACGUCACUACUGAUGUGUUGUGGUGGUGGUAACACUGUUGGUCAGCUCUACUCACUAGAAUAUUGUAUUCCACAAUCAUUUCUUGGUUAUAUUCAAAUUCAAUUGUAUGUAUAUCAAAUGUUUUAUUGUUUAAACAAAGAGGUAACUUUAAAUGAACUAUCUGAGAUUUGGAACUAUCCUAUUCAGAGUAAUAAUACCCAACUAAAGAAUAGUUCAUUGAUUGUAGUUGGCUGUGAGAGAUACUCUAAUAUUACGAUGGUAUUUAGGUUGAGUGAUGUGUGCAACAUCGAUGAGUAUUCCGAGGAAUCUGGAUUCAUUUUGAAUGAAUCGACGGUCUAUAGUAAUCAGGUCGGUGCAGGCGCUGGAUAUCUGCAGUGUACCUCACAGAGAGUGCGAUGGAUAUCGCCCGACUUUUCGAGACACAUCGAUUGGAUGCCAGCCGACAACCAUUUGGACAUUGGUCACAUCAUCGAUUGCACAUCGAGAGACAGCGAUAUCAUAUUGUUUGGAAACAACUCUAAUACCAUAGUGUAUCUACGUAUCGACCGGCAAUCGACAUUCCAACUGAUCGCAACCAAGACAUUCGAAAGUGCCAUAUCCAUCAUUGAGAUAGUACACCCCGGAACACUGAAACAAUGUACCAACCAAGAGAGAUCGAUCGUUUCCAAUCUACUGUUUGUUGGUACAUGGAAUAGAGAGAUACAUGUUAUUUCACUUGGUGGACAACACCAGUCGUCUACUGCUACUACUGCUACUGCAUCAGUUGCUGCUGUUACUUCACCUCUAGAUAUAUUAUAUAGUGUCGGUGAACUCUCUGGUAUUCCUCAUUCUAUAAAACUGGUUAGGCUUGGUGAUAGAAGUGACACUCAUUUAAAGAUCAUCGCUGGUUUGAAAGAUGGUUAUCUAUUGCGUUGGGAAUGGGAUAAUCUGUUGGCCGAUCCAUUCAGUUCAUCUAUGUACUCCAAGCAAUUCUCAAGAGUACACGUUUUGAUUAGUUGCCCGUAUGACAAUGACCAAGGUGCACUCGUAAUCAGUGAAGAAAAGAUGUACUAUCUGACAUUCAAGAAGACACAUCCUAUCAUUUCAAAGGUUGCUUUCGAUGGUGCAUCCAGUGCAAUAUUGAAAAGCGAUAGUAAUACAAUCAUAUUCACCAAACCACAAAUCGGUGUUGGACUACUCUCUGUUGACCUAACAAAGAGUGUUCUUAUCUCACCUCUACAAUCAACUGAUAAUAAUAAUAAUAAUAAUAAUAAUAAUAAUAAUAAUAAUAAUAAUAAUAGCAGUGAAGAUAACCCAAAGAGAGUAAUCUAUCUACAGGAUUAUAAUAUAAAUGCUAUUCUAUAUGAAGAUUACAUUGUUUUGAGAGAUAUAGAUAAUCAAACUACCUACUACAAAUAUCAACAUAAAUUAAAAGAAAUUAGAUUCUUAAUUUAUUGGCAAUCAAAGAAUAUUAUAGCAUUUGGUGGUGAAAUAGAUCAAGUUAAAGCCAAUAGAGGUAUAUUGUAUUUAACGUAUUUGAAAAAGAAACAAGAUACCACUGCCAAUGAAUACACUGGCGAGACAGAAUCUAUUGAAACUACAAGUCCUAUAUAUUCGAUGACACCGCUUGAGAAUGACAAAUAUAUCAUAUCGACAGAGAAAGAUACAAAGAUAAUGACUUUAGAGAAUACUAUCACUGGCGUUCAGAUGAUACCGUCUUUGGCGUCAGCAGUAGACCUUGCCUACCAAAACAAUAGAAUAAUGGUUGGAACACAAAACACUGGUUUAAAAGUCUACCGAUAUACUCAAUCUCUUAACAAUCAACCAGACACACUUGGCAAGUUAAAAUAUCAACAAACACCAAUGCUUACUUCUAGUUGUUUAUUUUUAUCGCCCGAUGAAUAUGUUAUUGUAGACAUAUUUGGUAAUAUAUCAGUACUACAUGAUAACUCUGAUCCAUCCAAUGAAGAUAGAAAUACAACUUUAGAUACUAUAGCCAAUUUCAGUAUAAAAGAAUCUUGUACAAAACUACAUAGAAUUGAUAAUAAUCGUUUAAUUGUUGGAGGUGGAUUGGGUGGUGUUCACAUGAUCUCUAAAAUCAAUAACACCAAAGAUUAUGAUUUGUUGCUAGAGCUACAGCGUCGCCUCUGUGAAUUCAAGCUGACUGCACCACUACUGUCAAACGACCACCUUUGCUACCGAUCAGAGAUGUCAAUGAUGCGCAAUGUGUUGGACGGUGAGAUGCUUGCCCAAUUUCUAUGUCUCCCUGAAGACUGUCAAAUCAGAAUACUCAAAAAUAUUUCAAGAAAGAUAAUAACAUAUAGAGCUUGCAAUACUUUUAAUAACACGAAUCCAAUAAUUAAUUUACCUUCAUCAACGUGCAUGUCUACUUGUAUUAGUACAAACGAAACAUGCUUUUUCCCUUUCCAAAGCUUUGGUGUAGCAUUCAGUUGCGAUACAACAAAUAACGAUGGAACACCAUCAUUUGUAGAUACUUAUACCAUUUUUGAUACUUCAGCUUAUGGUGGUCCUUGGUCAACACCUGUUGAAUGUAGGAGUGAAUCAAAUUCAACUCAACCAAAAUUAGGUUGUUUAAAACCUUUGGUUUAUGUAGAACCAGAUAAAAGAAAGAAUAUGGUUUAUAGUUUUGUAGAUGACAAUGGAUGCGCAUUACCAUGUCCAUUGAUGGGAUUCGAAAAGAAAUAUGAUGAUAUCUAUACCAAAACAUCGCAUGCCAUAGGAGUAGUCUCUCUCAUUGGAUCGAUUCUCACUAUUCUCUUUUUUACAGUUAUACCAACCGAGAUUACCUAUCGUAUGGAAAUUAUUAUUUAUUUCGCUUGCGGAACACUCUUUAUCAAUUUGGCAUACUUUAUCCAAGCAACUAAAAAGAAUUUCGAGUGUUCAAGUGAUCCUGGACGUUACAAAUAUGCGUGGACCGAUGUCGAUUGUGCUUUUGGUCAUUUCUUUUACCAUUUAGGUGGUCUAACCAUUUUAUUUUGGUGGACAAUGGUAUCUUAUGAUUUCUAUAGUUCUUCAUAUAUUAAAACAAUUAAGAGAUUUAAAUUUUUUAGAAUUGGUUUAUGGAUUCUAGCUAUAUUUCUCACUGUUUUACCAAUUUUUUUCAAAAAAGUUGGUUCUGUUGUAAGUACAACCUCAUGUUGGAUUAUGAACGUAGAUGGAGGUGUUUGGCAAUACAUGAUUCUCUUGAUGAUUUAUAUCUUGAUUAUCUCUGCAUUCAUUUGUUUCUAUUUAUUCUUUAUGAAUAAUAGAUCAAAAGUUUAUAUUGAAAUAAUUAAAAACUGGAUUCUUUGUAUUGCAAGUAAUCAAAAAGAUCCUUCAGUUUGUCCAAUAUAUAUACCAGAUUUUGCAAUUAGAUAUAUUACUGCUAUAACAUUUGGUGGUUUAGGUAUUAUUCAGUUUGUUUGUUUGGUUAUUGACCCUGGAAAUAAGAAAAUGGUUAAAACUUCAAAGGUUGUUAUUGCUGUGGUUAAUAAAUUCCUUAUCUUAAAGAAUAACUGGUCAUUGACUUCAACCACUACAUCAUCAACAGGAAAAGUAACCACCAGUGUAACCACCGGAGCAUCGAGUGGAAGUGGUGUACUCACUGGAAACAGUGGAGAAUGGUUGACGGCAAUUCGUAGAAAAGAAAGAGUCGUACAAAUCAUGAAUCAACAUAGAUUGGAAACUAGUAGAACCAAUAUUUUAGAUGAAGACUUUGGAAAUAAUCCUGAAGUAGAAUUGGAUAAUCUAUCAACAACCGUAGUUGUUUCCCAAGAUGAAUCAAAUAAUAACAAUAAUGAAUCUAAUGAUAAUAGUUAUUUUAAUAAUUCAAAUAUAGUAGUCCAGCCAAGCAAUGAUAUAAAUAGUUUAGAUCAUAAUAAUAAACCUAAUCGGGAGGACGAUACUGUUUAA